UCCAGCUCAGCGGAUUAGCGACUCUAACACUAAGUCCAUUUCGCCUCCUCCUCUCCCCUUCCCCUUCUCCUUCCCCUUCGCUUCCUCUUCUUCGCAGCGGUAGCAGCAACCUCCUCGACGUCGCGCUCGGGCUCGAUCCCAACCGGAGAGGAGGAUGGCGGCGGCGCCGCCGGGAGGGCAGGAGAAGGUGAUCGCGGCGGCGCAGCACAUCGUCAAGUCGCUCGCCAACUCCAAGAACGCCGCCGACGACAUGAUCCGGAUACUCUCCGGGUUCGACGACCGCCUCACCUUCAUGUCCGACCUCUUCCCGCCUCCCCCUCCCGCCGCCGCCGCCGUGAGGGAGCCCUCCGUCGUGGAGGAGGAGGAGGCCGGCCCCGAUGACGCGCGGGAGGACGAGGUGGAGGAGGCGGCGGAGUUGGUGGAGCGGUGGGAUUCUCCGGAGGAGGGGGAUAGGCUGGUGUUCGAUUCGGCGAAGGACGCGGGGGAUUACCUGGGCGCGGCCGCCGUCCUCGUGGGGGCGCGCGGCGCGCGCGCGGAGGCGGCGCUGCAGGCGGCGAUGGCGCGGCUGGAGGACGAGUUCCGCCACCUGCUGGCCCGCGGGAUGUCGCCGCUCGCCGGGGAGGACCUGCACGCCUCCCUCCUCCGCCGCCUCUCGCUCACGGUGCCGUCCUUCGCCUCCUCCGCCUCUGACCUCGAUUGCCCCUCCUUCGCCAGCCACACCGGCGACGGGGACGAGUCCGGCGGCGCGGGCGGCAGGGCCUCCGUCUCCGACGAAGAGAUCUCCCCGUACCUCAUCUCCCCGGACACCGUCGGCGCCCUCAGGGGCAUCGCGGACGUCAUGCUGCGCGCAGGCUACGGGCCGGAGCUGUGCCAGGUCUACGGCGAGAUGCGCCGCGACACGCUCAUGGAGUGCCUCGCCGUGCUUGGCGUCGACAAGAUGAGCCUGGAGGAGGUGCAGCGCGUGGAAUGGGGCGUCCUCGACGGCAAGAUGAAGAAGUGGAUCCAGGCGCUCAAGGUCGUCGUCAGGGGGCUUGUUGCUGAGGAGCGCCGCAUCUGCAACCAGAUCUUUGCCGCCGAUGCCGAAGCCGAGGAGGAUUGCUUCACUGAGGCAGCCAAGGGGUGUGUCCUGCAGCUGCUCAACUUUGGUGACGCAAUUGCAAUCGGGAAGAGAUCGUCCGAGAAGCUGUUCCGCAUUCUUGGCAUGUAUGAGGCGCUGGAUGAGGUGUUGCCGGAGCUCGAGGGCUUGUUCUCAGGUGAUGCAAGGGAUUUCAUCAAGGAAGAGGCUGUGGGGAUACUCAUGAGGCUUGGGGAUGCGGUGCGUGGCACCGUUGCAGAGUUUGCAAAUGCAAUACAGGGGGAGACAUCUCGGAGAGCGUUGCCCGGUGGGGAGAUUCACCCACUCACGCGGUAUGUCAUGAACUAUGUCCGACUGCUUGCAGACUAUAGCCGCUCACUGAACCAACUUCUCAAGGACUGGGAUACUGAGCUAGAAAAUGGAGGUGACAACGUGAAUAUGACUCCACUGGGGCAGUGUGUGCUCAUACUGAUCACACAUCUACAGGCCAAGAUCGAGGAGAAAUCAAAGCUGUAUGAGGAUGAGGCACUUCAGAACAUAUUUUUGAUGAACAAUCUGCUGUACAUUGUACAGAAGGUGAAGGAUUCAGAGCUGAAGACCUUGCUUGGCGAUAAUUGGAUCCGCCAGCGUCGUGGUCAGAUAAGACGGUACUCUACAGGGUACCUUAGGUCCUCAUGGACGAGGGUAUUAGCUUGUCUGAGAGAUGAUGGAUUGCCACAGACAAUGGGUUCAUCAAGUGCACUCAAGGCUUCACUCAAGGAAAGGUUCAAGAACUUUAACUUGGCAUUCGAGGAGUUAUACAAGACACAGACAACAUGGAAGGUUGUGGACCCUCAAUUAAGAGAGGAGUUGAAGAUUUCAAUCUCAGAGAAAGUCCUUCCAGCAUAUCGUUCUUUUGUUGGAAGGUUCCGAGGUCAGCUAGAGGGUGGAAGGAAUUCCGCAAGGUAUAUAAAGUACAACCCUGAAGAUUUGGAGAAUCAGGUCUCAGAUUUUUUUGAAGGCAGAAGACCAAAUGCUUGAUCGAUUAGUCAUGUUUGAUGGUUAAGGGAUGUUUAUAUCAAUGAUUUUAGUUACAACUCCCUCAUGAAUUUCAUUGGUGGCGCUAUAUUGGUAGCUUGAUCUGCAAAGACCUUUGAUAAUCCGAAGAUGGAAAGAAAAAUCAGUUUUGCCUGUAGAAGAAGCAGUGUGAACUGCAAGCAAACAGAAUUUUUUGGUAUUGCGAAGCAAUCGGAAUUGGAUACCUAGCUUUUGAUCUAUCAAGGUGCUGACUAUAUCAAGGUUCGACAUGAAAUUUAGGACACUGGACACUACCAUGAGCUGUGUAAUUCUUACAUUUUUUUUUCUCAUCUUUUGUUGAUUGUAACAUCUCGUGACUUGUUUGACAUCGAAAGAAUGGUUGGUGCUUGGCAUUUUUUAUGUACAAUUCAUACCAGUAGUUAUAUCAAUACAGCCAUUUGUUAUGUGCAGUAUAGUUUGUUGCUGAUAAAAAAGGAGACCAUAGUAAAUUACUACAUUGCUCC